AUGGACAAUGCUAAUAACAUCCCUGCAUUACUAAAUAAAUUAUGUGAAGAAUUGACACUAAAACAAGAUGCCAUCAAGCCAGCUGAAGCAUAUGAGUUGGCACUCUCUUAUAUGACUUCAAUAAAUGAGCAGCAUUCCAUACCGGAUGAGAAGAUUCUUUGUCAAAAAAUACAUUCCCGUUUGAGCAGUGUCUCUGGUAGAGAUGCUGACAAGUUUAAUGAGUUAUUUGCAAAACUAAAAAAUACUUUUGUUUUGAAACAGCCAGUAUCUGUACUAUCCCUUUUAUUGGCUCUCUCUGAAGCACCCCAGACUACAAACUCAACACAACAACUGUUUCCUGUGCCAAAUUUGAGUAUCAUUAACUCUGCUGCGGCAUUUACUGGAGCUAGUUCUAGCAAGAGUACUGUGGGAUCAAGUUGGGGAGUGAACACACCAAAACAACAAAAUUCCAAUCCAAGUAUUUCUACGAAUAACAGCAAUUUGGUUAUAGCAACACAAUCAUGCAACCAUGCAAAUGAACCGGCAUGUGUAAGAGACGCUGUGUUAGCAGCUACUGGAGUCAAAGCUAGAUCAUCCUGCAACUGGUCAAGACCCGUGCAAAUACUGUAUUCGAGAAUAGCGCAUCUGGGUUUUUUGCAUGAUAAACUUAAGGAUUUUAUUGAUCCCGCAUCAGUUUUUACACCGCAAGGUCUGAUGGUGGAAGGGUUGGUUGCAGCUAUAAGAGAAGAAUUAACGGAAUAUUAUAGAAGUGUUGCCUUACUGCAGUCUCAGGUCUGUGAAAGUGAUGGGGGAGGUGGGACGCUUCGUCGUGUUUCCGUUUGGGCCCAAGAUCCGUUGCACAGAUUACAUUGGCUCGCAACCAUUGUGCAUAGUGUACAACACAAAAGAGGUGGUGAAUUAGCAACGUGCGUACAUAGAUACGUACAUCAUGGCGACGAACGCGUGUCUGCGCUCGCAAGGCGAUUGUUGACUUCGCUAACAUAUCCACUACUAUUGAUGCUGACACGAUGGCUUUUACAUGGAGAAAUCGACGAUCCAUACCACGAAUUCUUUAUUGAAAGCAGAAAUGGAGUACCAAUUGAUAGAAUGUGGCAUGAUAAGUACAGAGUGAGAGAAUGGAUGGUCCCAUCGUUCAUGUGCCGCGAACAAGCCGCGCAGAUAUUGGCUACGGGCAAGAGUGUCGUGUUCAUGCGUGAAGCGUGCGCAGAUUUACCUGAUCAUUGUGACACGACACCGGACCAUGCGAUACAUCUACAGAGCUUAUUGGCUGCUCAUACCAGAACAGGUGGAACUAACACUGAAGUAGCAUGGUGGGAGGCUGAGGGCCUUCGUGAGGGUGUUGAAACGGCCCAUUUGAUGGCCUCCCAGCGUCUUUUGGCCGCUUUAACGACUCAUCAUCACCUUUUGGAUCACCUUGCUGCCCAUCGCCGGUAUCUGUUACUCUCUCAAGGAGAUUUCGUUCAUCACCUGAUGACGUUAUUGCAGGACGAAUUAAGCAAGCCAGCGACAUCCUUAUACGUACACAACUUGACGUGUACGUUGGAAGCGGCCGUGCGCGCGACGAACGCACAGUACGAGCCACAGCACGUUCUAUCAAGGCUUCAUGUCAAUUUAUAUCCUAAUUGCGACGGCCGCGAAGACAGCGGUUGGGAUGUGUUCGCACUGCAGUACCGCGUGGAUGGACCCCUGGGAACGUUAUUUCCCGCCACCUGUGCGGCCAGGUAUCGCGCCUUGUUCACCCAAUUGUGGAGGGUGAAACGCAUCGAGUAUGCCCUGCAUGACGCCUGGCGCGAUCAUACGAUAUUGCAGAAGCGGCUCAAGGCGAUGCCUGAGGUGUGGGGUCUUAUGCGACGUGUAUCGUGCUUACGGGCCGAAGCUCUACGUCUUUGCGGAGCCCUACAGGACGCCAGUUGCGAAGGGGCGGAGCCUGCGUGGGUGGAACUCCUAUCUGCCGCGUCUGAAGGCCACCAUCUUGAUAGAUUAUUGCAGCUUCAUCAUAAUGCUCUCGACAGACAUUCGAUUCAUGCAAUGAUACAUCAUAGUACACAGGAACUGCAAUCAUAUUUGGGUAAUGUUCUGAACGAAACAUUGGCGUUGCGAAGUUUUGAGACGACCUUGCAUACAGGGAUUAAUACGGAAUUGGAAAGACGCGAGCGAUACGAGGCCCUCAAGGCUGAGAGGGCUGCGAGAAAUGAAUUCGCCAUCACCGGUCCUGACGAAGCACAGGAUAAGGAAAAGAGGAAAAUAUUUAUCCAGUUCUUGGCGAGUAGGAAAGCCGAUCUCAACGUCUGGGCUCGUUCUUAUAGAGGUCACGUGACAACAUUGAUACUGAAACUGGCACUUCACCAAGAGGUUUCCCUUCAGACCCUGGCCUUCAGACUGGACUACAGUGACUUCUACAAGCGAGGCGAUGCCAAACUACACGAACCGUUGACGUAUCAGCACAAACGUCUCAGCGAGAUGGGACUUCAUUUAGCUAAGACUAGACUCCUAGAUCACACUAAGAGAAAGUGA